AUGUCACAACCGGGAUCCGACGAGGAAGCGAAGAGGAAGCGGGACAAAGUGGGAGAGUUUCUGAAGAAGAAUAUCACCAAAGGCGAGCUCGCGGUCAAGCAUGCCAUCGGCCUGGGCGCCACGCCUAAUGUAAUCCCCGUGACGCAACCUAUCCUCGACGGCCCGCCUCGUGUGGUCGAGGUCGGUUGGCACCCCGUCGGGGGGCUCGCCGGCAAGUGGUUCGCCGAGGAGACCGGCCUGGGCAAGAUGAUCACGGAGAAGAUCAACAAAUAUCCCGAUCCCACGCAGCACUGGGCCGUACUCGUCGGCGACUUCGCCCAUCAGUUAUGGAUGGACGAGAAUUUUCACGUUAUCUACACUAAUGAGCGGUAUAAGCGCGAUGAGUGGAGGACAUUCACGGUGGGUGAGACGCGCUUCAACGAUGAUGCAAUCCGACGAGCGGGCGAGUACGUGAUCCAAAGCAUCAGAUCUCGGCACCCGGCAUACAACCUUAUCAGCAACAACUGCCAAACCUACGUCCUGGAGCUCCUAGACGCCGUCAAAGUCGACGGACAAAAAGAUUUCGGCACCACCCUCGCCGUCUAUGAGAGACUGUUCAGUUCCGGAAAAGUCAUCGAUCUCUUCAACGGGCAACAAAGGCCAGAGCAACAACAGCAGCAUCUGCUGGAAGCGCCUCCGCUGCAGUAUCCCCCACUCCCACCGUCGCCCGCUUCGCCGCAAGGUGGAGUUGCACCGCCGCAGUACCAAUACAACCUUCCCCCGCCGCCGCCGCCGCCGCCGCCCCCUCGCCCGUGUGGUGAUCCGCUUGCUCACCACCCGGGUACGGUUUCGCACGCACAGAAAGUGAUGAACGACAACACCACACAGCUAGAUACACAGGAGGAGGCGAGCAAGCCGAGGGGCUUCAGUAUGGGGACCAAGGAGAUCAAGGAAGCCAAGCGUGGAUUCCUUUCACGAUUCACACGGAAGGGAUCAUCUAAUUGA